UAAAUUAAACCUCUCUAGUUUCUAAACUCCCACCCUCAAUCACACUGCAACUUGAACUGAGAACAAACAAACAAAGAAAAAUACUAUUCGUUUAUGAUGCUCUCUUCUUCGCCAACCUUCUUUGCUCCUCCAUUACUCUCCUCCUCUUCUCCGCCGUUCUCCGCUGUGCCACCACCACCCCGUACAUCCCAGAUCUCUAUUUCCGCGACCACCGCCUCCUCCUACACCUGCGCCGAAGAUCCACCGAGACUGCGCCAGAUUCCGCAGAGACUUUCGGCUUCGGUGACUCCGUCGCUCUACGAGAUCCUGGAAAUCCCCGUCGGCUCGACGAGCCAGGUGAUCAAAUCAGCUUACCGGCGACUAGCCAGGAUCUGCCACCCCGACGUGGCUGGAAACCGUCGAAAUUACGCGUCAUCUGACGCUUUCAUGAAGAUUCACGCGGCGUAUUGCACUCUUUCUGAUCCCGAGAAACGCGCCGUUUAUGAUCGGAAGAUCCUUUGCGGGCGCCGGCCGUUGACUGUCGGUGUUUCUAGAUUUGGCAGUUACGGAGGAGGGAACUGGGAAACUGAUCAGUGCUGGUAGCGAGUUGACUCGGUGUUCGAGUUGGGACAAGUGCAUUAUGUUUUUUUUUUUUCGUAAUUAGUAAAUGAUAGAUCUGGCUCGCCAUAGCUCUUAAAUAGUCGCUGAUACGCCCGCUUACCGUACCACGUAGGAUCAACGUUUUUAACUUUUUAUGUUUUUUUUUUUAUUUUUGUAAGCCAUCAUUCAUUGAUAUCUUUUUUCUGCAAGUCAGUCGUUGGCGAAUAAG